UGGCCGCCGAGUGGAGGGACUUGCCUAAAAGGACUUUGCUCAGAGGAGAAUCUGGCGUUGCGUCUGGACUUUGACAUCCCGUUGGCUGAGAGGGACUUCCUGGAGAAGAGGAAGGCGGUGGUGGGGCAUGCUCUGCAAAAGCUGCUAGGGCUCAGCUCACCUCCUCAGACAGAUAAGGGUCCCGCUGGUGGGUGUGGUUUGCUCGGGGGGCGGGACCAGGGCGAUGACUGGCACCUUUGGGAGUCUGAAGGUUUGGGUCUCCAAACUAUGGGCAUCCUGGAUGCUGUCAGCUACAUCACCAGUCUUGGGAGCCAUAUGGGCCAUGUCCACGCUCUACGAUACUUCCGAUUGGUCGCAAAAGGACAUAAGUGUGGUCACCGAGCCCAUGAAGGUUGAGAUGAUUAAGAGGUACCAGGACAUCAUGUCUACUGAGCAGCUCCGUGGCUACAGGGAGGAGAUGGAUCUGAGGGAGAAGGAGGGGGUUCCAGUCACCUACAUCGACAUGUGGGGUCUGGCCAUCUAACACCUCAUCUAUGGCAAGGUGCUGAAUACAGUCAAGUCAAUUCAAGUCAAGUUUAUUUAAAUAGCACAGGGGUCAUUCAGUGUGCUUUACAUAAGCAAUGGCCCAGAGAAAUGGUGCAUAAAAGCACAGAAAUAGAAACAGAAACAGAAAGCAACAAAACCAUAAAAAGGCACGGUUUUACAUUACACACACACACACACGCAUACACAUACACACACACACGCAUACACACGCACACACAC